UUCCAACAGCUGGACACUCCUCUUCCUGGUCCUUUCCAUCAUCAUCAUCCUCAUCAUUCUUCUCCUGUGCACCUCGUUACUCUCCUGCUGCGGCGAGCCUCAGUCGACAUCUCCGCCACAAAAGCUCAGGAUGAUGUGUGCUUCUCACAGGGGAUGCUCUAAAUGGGCCAUGCAGCGUAGGAAGGCACGCUAGAAGAAGAGGAAGAAGAAGCUGAAGAAGCAGGAGGGAUGGUUCAGUCUUUGUGGUGCUCAGUGAUCCUGCUCGGCUUCCUCCCUGUUUCGCCUGUUAGUGCUGACACCCUGCUGUCAGCUCCGCUUAAUGUGACCAUCAAGGAGAUUGAGGUUAACUCGGCUGUAGUCACAUGGGAGACUCUGGAGGGCGACCCCGUCAUUGGAUUUGCCAUUACUCAACAGAAGAAAGAUGUGCGCAUGCUAAGGUUCAUUCAGGAGGUGAACACCACAACGCGCUCUUGUGCAUUGUGGGGUCUGGAUGAAGACACGGAGUACAUCGUUCACGUGCAGAGCAUAAGCAUGGGUGGAAGCAGUCCCCCCAGUGAGCCUGUUGUAUUCCGAACCCCCAAAGAAUCAGAGAAGCUGGCGUCCAAGAGUCCAGACGAGAUCACACUGGAGGAAAUGGACCAGGCUGCUCAGCUACGGGCUGCGGAAGUCAUCAUUAUUGCAGUGGUUCUUGUCAUGUGGGCAGGCGUGAUUGCGUUGUUCUGUCGUCAGUAUGACAUCAUCAAAGACAAUGAGCCCAAUAACAACAAAGACAAGGCCAAGAACUCAUCGGAGUGCAGCACUCCCGAGCAUCCACAGGGAGGGCUCCUGCGCAGUAAUGUUUAAUAACCACUCCAUAUCCAACGCUGCAAUAAAUAAACCCCCUCGUACCUCAGGACAGAGCCUGAGAGCCAUUCUGCAGUCAGACAUGCUGGAAUACAGAUUCAGUGUUCAACUCAUCUGGGCACAGUGACAAAUUGUUUCAACAAUUUCUGAACUAGUGGAGUCAAAGACAUCCAACAGGGGAACAGUGAGCAUAAAUCACAAUUGUUGUGAUCAGGAGCAGCCCUUGUUGUGCAUACAUUUGACUUCCAUCCAAAAUCCAUUUCCUGAUUGUCUCAGCUGUUGUUUUUUUAGGCUCUUGCCCUGUGUUGCUCUUUGUGUCACCACUUGAUGAUGCAGCUACUCGCCAUCUUUCUUGCUUAUGGACACCCUUGACAUUUCAGGAAAAAAAAUGUGACAAGGUUUCUUACAGCACACCGUAUUUCCCUUCUAGCCGGAUGAAGCUGUCCGACAGAUGCCGUGACUCACGCGAAUUCUAAGGCUCGUUUAGGGAAUCCGUCAUCAAGAUUUUAAAAGUUACGUCUUAAUACUUUUUCAAUGAGCUUCCAUGCACUUUGAUGUCCAGAAGUAAACUUCUACACGUAUACAGUACAUUUUUAAAAUGGCAUGCAGUGAACAGAAAAUAGAAGUUGACUGCACUGUCAACGUGAUAGCACAUGUUAUGAAUGGAAUAAUGCAUUCAUAAUGCAGAAUGCACAUAAUGAAAAAAAAUCCAGUUACGCUCUAUAAAGAUAUAGAACAUGCACUCAAUCUCAUUUUGCCGCCACAGCCAGACUGAGGUAUUAAAUCAAUAAUUAAAAUGAAGUGAAAAUGUAUUUAUAGUAAAGCAAAAAUGAAUGCAAGAAUGUAGAUUUGGGGUAAAGGAGCAUCUUUUUUUAACCAUUUUGUUUGUUUGAACUUUGUGGCAUUGAGAUGAUAAAGUACUAUGCUAUUUACGGUAUAUUUAUGUAUCAACUGUUAUUCUGUCAAACCAAAUGUAUUUACAAAAGCAGGUGGAGCAUUGUGCUGUGAGAAUUCCACUAUAUACCAAAUAAUAUUCACUUAUACUGCACUGGGGAGAAAAACAAUUUUUAUGUGGACACUUUAUUGUGAAAAAAAAAAAUACAAAUGAACAAAUGGUAACAUAAAGUUGUUCACCUGUGUUGUUCUACUAGUUUGCAGAACUGUAAUGAAGAUCUUAAAGAAAGUCAUACUACAUCCAGUAGAAAGAACAUUUUCCUUCCAACAGUGUGCCCUAGAUGUUCUACUAAUGGGCACAAUUGUCAUAUGGAAAUUGAAAAACCUUUAAGACAAUUAUACUACUAGUUUAGAAUAGUUUGUCUUUUAUGGUGCAAAAUUGUAGUACAGUUUUGAAAAAAAAAGUCACCAGAAAGACAUUAGUUCUACUAAUGGGCCCUCGUCAUUAAUUUAGUGCAGAAUAGUUUUGAGGACAAAGAAUGUAAGUGGACAAGGACUACUAGGAUAGCCAAUAAAUUAUCAAAUGGCUUGCCACCACCUCCUUCCAUACUUUCUAAUGUAUAUCUGUGACUCACCACUCUGCAACAUCACCGCAGCACAACACUCCCUCUCUAUUUCUCAUUACAUCCACUCUCAGCUGCAACUCCCAUUAGUUGCCUUUUCUGGUUUCCACAUCAGCGCUUUUCUGCCUCAUUUGCCCUCACUGCUAAAGCCUGUGUCCUUUUCAUUGUUGAUCACACUUUGCCUCAGCUCCAAUAGGCCCGGUUGUUGUCAACAAAAUCGGUCUUGGCGACGAUAAUGAUGCUAUAUUUUUAUCCUAGCAAUUGCAUUGUGCAUUGGUUUAGAACUUCUCUUGCUCAAUUUUGUUGUUGAUUGGAUCCCACUAGAUUGAACAGGUGUGACGACUAAUGUUGUACUCACUGCCCGGUGAGUCUGUGCGCGUUUAAAAUAAAUAAUUUGAAUGAAAACACAAAUAUGGGCAUAGCCGUCAGUUUGGCAAUUAGUUGAUACUUAAACGGAAAGUACAGAAUCUUAGCGGGUGUUUAAUUAGUCAGUGGAGUUGAUUUCAACAUAUUGUGUGCAAUUGUUAUCUUUUUCGUAGUUUCAGGGCUCCGGAGUGGCUAAGCUAGUACGAGUCAAUGGUGCCUGCUUAGCAUGCCAAUAAAAAACAACAUAUGCACGCAUGAGAAUCACCGAUGACCAAUGCAAUCAAUAGUGUUGGCUACAUUUUCAAGUUUUUAAGGGAUCCAAGGAUAGACAGACUUGUAGUUCUUAAAAGAUAAAAACGUUAUUAUGAGUUAAAAUCAUUUGAUAUUGAAACCCCUCUUGAUGUUUUCGUUUUUAUACAACUUGUAAAAUUAGUUUAACUAAUAGGUUGCCAUUGUUGUUGACGUCCAGGGUGGUGACGUCACAUGGUUAUGCUACCAGGCUUCCAGAGUAUGACUCAAGCAACAUAAACAUGUCAACCCUUUCAAUUUGAACCUGAGAGGAUCAUUAAUGAGCAUGACAGCACUGUCGAUAUUUCACAAAAUGAGCAGCAAAAGCAUAAUUAUAAUUGACAGGAAAGACCGGAUGAGACGAGAGUAGGAAAAAAAAAAAAAAACAGCAAAACGUACUACAAGAGGUGAAUUUCACAGCCAAAGCACUACCGUGCGCUUUCAGCUUGUUUUGUUUAGAUGCAUACAGACAGAACAUACUAAAGAUGCCUUAAGAAAAUACUUAAAUGCAGUAUUAUCAAAAUAGUGUGGUUUAAAUAUGCUACGUGACGUAAUGUAGUCAACAGAUCAACAAUCUGCUUUUAAGCUACCACGAGAAAACACUAUGCUUAAAAGUAUGAGAGGGAAACGCAUGCAAAAAGUCAUUUGAGGCAAUGAAAAGGUAAUAAAAGACUUAAUAAAAAUACAAAUAGUAUGUACUCGCCGCAUUUAACCAAUUAAUGUGUUGGACGGCUCGCAGCGUAGAAAGAAUCGCAGUAACCCGGUAGUAUUCGUAGAGUGACAGUGGAAAUCUCAGUCAUCACCCCGAGCGUCCAUAAAACAUGGCGCGCUCUAUAGGUCAAAACAUGUACUAAAUAUUAUAGAUUUUUAAAUCAAAGGCAAUAUUUUAUGUGUUUCUAAUUACAUAUUUUCGUAAAAGACAACAAUUGUGGCUUAUUAGAGCCUACAAGUCUUAAGUCUGAGGUUCCCUUUAAAACUUAACAUUGCAUGUAAAUACUUGUAGCUUAAACAGCAACAUUUGUAAUCCAGCAGCUCUGCAGGGAAUAGGCUGCUAGGCAAGCAGGGCUAGGUGAUAUCACAUCUUUUUUUUUCCACUGCUGAUUUUUUUUUUUUGUGGGAAAAAAUAGGGACUCCUCAGCAGACUGAGAACGAGUGGCUGAAGGACUCCUCACUAUUGUGGUUGCAUCUGUUAAAAUAGUUUUUUUAUUGGCAUGCUAAGCAGGUACCAUUGACUCACGCUAGCUUAGCCACUCCAGAGUCCUGAAACUAACAAAUAACUUACAAACUACAUAGAAUCUUUAGAAAUCAACUCUGACUAAUUAAACCCCCCUAACUCGAAGAUAAAGCCUAAUGUAAAACAUUCCGAACUUCCAUGUUAGGUUACGUCCAUCGUGUAUAAUUGAUUGGGCGAAUGUGGCAGAAUAAGUGCACUGAACAGCACCCAUUGCUGUGUAAAGAACAAUUUUUUUUUCACAAAGCACUUGAUGUUCAAUUAUUUAAACAAUUGUUGUAAAACAAGUUGUUGAAAUGAUCAUAUCAGUAGAAAAUCAAACAUUGUCAUACAAAACAAUUAAUUGAUCAUUAAUUUUCUCCAUUGUUGAUUGAGGAAAUUAAGUUGAUCAUUAAUUUUCUCCAUUGUUGAUUGAGGAAAUUAAGUCAAAUGCCCAUCCUAUUUUCCAGGAAAAUGUGAAUGUCUAAGUAUGUAUUACAUAUGUAUAAUAAAUAUGUAUUUUCAAUGUAUGUAUCAGUUCAUGAUUUUUUUGUGUUGGGCUGAUUUUUUUUUUUUUUUUUUAAUUAAAGGCUACAGUACCUUGAAGUACUGGCUCAUAUUUGAAGGGAGCUGCUUAUUCAUUCAGUCAAUAUGCAAAGCACUAUUUCAAGAUGCUUGUCUUUUUGUGUGUGUGCAUCUGUGGUUUUGGUGUGAGGGGCUUCUUUGGGGUAAAUAAACAUAAAUGUUAAUUUCGUCCCAUAUGUCACCUCGUAUAACAUAUUAUCUUAUACAGUGUAUUGGAUUUCUGUGGUCAUCAUAUGUACAGUAGCCAAUCAAAGGAA